AUGAAGUCGAGACUCGGUUUCUGCACUUUCGGAAUGUUUAUCAUUGAUGAAAUCGAUUACGGAGAUGGGAAGGUAGAGUCCACCAUCAUCGGUGGAGGUGGCCUCUAUGCUGCCCUGGGCGCCCGCUUAGCAUCUGGCGAAGCCAAUGCUAGAGCUGUCUCGUGCAUCGUCGACAAGGGGAGCGAUUUUCCGCAGGAAUUCCAAGCUCUUAUCGAGACAUGGGGUACGAGCUGUAUCUUUCGAACAGAUCUGGGUCGCUUGACAACACGUGCCUGGAAUGGCUAUGGUCCAAUUCAGCAUCGGGCUUUCAAAUAUGUCACUCUCAAGCGCCGUCUUGAAGUAGAGUCACUCACUGAUGAGCAAGCUCUGGCCGCCACAUUUCACAUGGUAUGCUCUCCGAGUCGAUGCAUGAGCCUCGUAAACGGUCUAUGGGAGCGAAGGAAAGCCCUUCAUGCGAGCGAGCCCAGACCAAUCAUCAUCUGGGAACCAAUACCAGACCUAUGUACCCCAGCAGAGGUCGACAAUCUUCGUGAGGCUGCGAAAUUUGUCAAUGUCAUCAGUCCCAACGGCGGUGAGUUGGCGGACUUCUUUGCAAGCGGAUUGCAAGAACUCAGUCGAAGAGACAUGGUGGCUUCGUUGUUGAAGAAGUGUGGAGACAAUGCGAAACAAGUCGUUGUGGUGCGAGAAGGAGCAGAGGGUAGCCGACUGUACACCCAAGGUAAGGUACUGCAUCUCAGAGCAUACCACUUGGAUCCAUCAAGAGUCUUGGACCCCACAGGGGGCGGUAACACUUUUCUUGGUGGUCUCGCCAUGGGUCUGAGCGGUAUGGUCAACCCAGACUUCAAAGACAUGUCCACUGGUCUUGGACUGGUGGCUGAGACCUGCCCGUCUCAGACGACAUCCAUGCUCACGGCUGUGGUGCAUGCCACGGUCGCGGCCAGCUAUGCCAUUGAACAAGUUGGGGUUCCGAGGCUCGACCCCUCUGAUCGGGAGUCCUGGAACGGACAAUCUUAUAUUGAGAGAUUUCACGCAUAUCUUGGACGAGAAAGGCCGCACAUUGUUGACCAGUUGGACUAA